AUGGCAGCAGACAACGGGCCCUUCCAGGCCUGCCACACUAAGGUGAACUCGGCAGCAUACGUGGUCCACUGUGUGUUUGACGUGUGUGCCAUGGAUAGGGACAGAGGGACCCUGUGUAAGAGCAUCCAGGCCUACGCCAUCGCCUGUCAGCUUGCUGGGGCCCAGAUCCAGGCCUGGAGGAGCAGCUCCUUCUGCCCUGUCUCCUGCCCAGCUAACAGCCACUACGAGCUGUGUUCCGACACCUGUGGUACUAGCUGUGCCAGCCUGGUAGACUCCUUCACCUGCUCUGCUAGCUGCUUUGAGGGCUGCCAGUGUGAUGUGGGCUUCGCCUCUGACGGCGACAAGUGUGUCUCCAUGGAUACGUGCGGAUGCGUCUACGAAGGCCAGUAUCUGAGGGUUGGCCAAGUGGUGGUAACCAAAGGAUGUGACUCUAAGUGCGUAUGCCAGGCCUCAGGGCUGGUGAGGUAUGAGAAACGUAUCUGUGCCAGCGGAGAGGUCUGUGGGGUAAAGGAUGAGGUCAGAGGAUGCCAACUCAAACACGGGCACUGCAUGGUCCACCCUGGUGCCCACUUCACCACCUUCGACUGCAUGAGGGGGGUCAUGGGGCUGGGGGCCUUUGAGGUGGCCUCUCUGUGUGACCAGACCUCUGCCCAGUGGUUCAGGGUGGUGGUGGACGUACGCGUCUGCAGUAACGGAGCCUAUCCCAAUGUGGCGACAGUCUACGUCUUCUUCAAGGAUGUCACCGUCACUGUCAACAGCCAGCACAACACCUGGGUGAAUGGAAAGAAUGUGUCCCUCACCAGCACUCCAGCCAAUCAGCUGUUUGUCAGCAUCGCCGACAGGACAGUGGUCAUCAAGAGGGUGUCUGGUGUGCGUGUUACCUACUCCAUCUCCCAGGAUACAACGGUAUUGUCAAGGACGACAUGACAACAGCCGACAGGCAAUCCUCCACAGAUGUGACAGUGAUUGUUAGCUCCUGGAGGCUGGGGACUUCUC